AGCCGCAUGUGGAGCGAUGCCUAGCCCCUUGGCUCUGGGCGCGAUGGUAGCCGCGCUGGUGGCCUCGAUGUUCCUGCUGCAGCGUGGGGACGAGGGGUCCGGGGCUGGCCCGAGGGUACAGACCGUCGCCUAGCACUCUGAGACAGUACCUGUGGGUGUUGUUUCCCCAGCAUGGUGGACAAGGAGGCUCUGCCGAAGCUUCGGGAAGACUUCAAGAUGCAGAAUAAAUCCGUCUUUAUUUUGGGCGCCAGCGGGGAAACAGGCAAAGUACUUUUAAGAGAAAUCCUGGGACAGAACCUGUUUUCCAAAGUUACGCUGAUUGGCCGGAGGAAGCUCACAUUCGAGGAGGAAGCUUAUAAAAACGUGAAUCAAGAAGUGGUGGACUUUGAGAAGCUGGAUGACUACGCUUCUGCCUUUCAAGGUCAUGAUGUUGGAUUCUGUUGCCUGGGUACCACCAGGAAAAAAGCCGGAGCGGAAGGAUUUGUCCGUGUUGACCGAGAUUACGUGCUGAAGUCUGCAGAGCUGGCAAAAGCGGGAGGCUGCAAACAUUUCAACCUGCUGUCCUCCAAGGGGGCCGACAAGUCCAGCAGUUUCUUGUACUUACAAGUAAAGGGAGAAGUGGAAGCCAAGGUUGAAGAAUUAAAGUUUGAUCGCCUCUCAGUGUUUCGUCCAGGAGUCCUCCUGUGUGACAGGCAAGAGUCUCGUCCAGCUGAAUGGCUGGUUAGGAAAUUCUUCGGCGCUCUGCCGGCCUCCUGGGCCAGUGGGCACUCUGUGCCUGUGGUGACAGUGGCGAGGGCGAUGCUGAACAACCUGGUGAGUCCCAGCAGUGGACAGAUGGAACUUCUGGAAAAUAAAGCCAUCAUCCACCUGGGGAAGGACAGUGAUGUGCCCAAGCCGUGACCGCGCAGUUCUCAAACCUCAGUGCCUGUCACCAAAUCAGUCAUUUGGGGGUCUAUAAAACAGUCUCUCUCUA